GUCGGGUGCAGUCAAUUCCAGCGGCUGAAUCGCAAUUUUAUCUGCGUGAUCAAAAAUGUCCUUAAAUGAAUUCUUCGCUAAACAAAAUAAGAAGAAAACCAAAAAAAAGCAAAACCCUGCGGAAUUAAUGAACAUGCUUACAAAGGAAAGGGAGAAUAUAAAAAGUCCCCCAGAAGCUAGUGUUCCACAAGAUAGUAAACCUGCUAUAUCUGAGAAAGAGGAUGAAUGGGAAAUUAUAGAUGAUGAAAAAGAAAUAGACUUGCAAAACAUCAGAAUUAGCAAGCUAACAUCCACCACCACAGAAGAUUCUAACAAACAAUCAACCAAAAAUAAAGAAUCUCGUGAAGGUGAUGGUGAUGCAGUUGUCGAGAAAAAAGUUUGGGCUGCAAAAGUCGCUGAAGCGCCUGAAGAACCUGCGGAACCAGUUGUGCAACCAUCACCACCACCACCACCGAAGCCUAGUGUCUAUAUUCCUGCUCCUUUGAGACAAGGCGGCAGUGCUUUUGGUGUUACUGCAGCCAAACCGAAUGUUGCCAGUACUAUGGACUUUCCUUCUUUAGAUGCAGUUGUAAGCGAGCCUCAGAAAAAAGAGACCACCCAGCCAGAAACUAAUAAAGAUGACGAUGGUGAUUCGUGGCAACAGGCAGGUGUGCGUCGUCCUAAUCCGGUGGCAAGUGUUCCGCCUAUAGCCAUUAACACAACACCAUCCGCUUAUGUGCCUCCAUGUUUGAGGCAAUCAGCAAAUCAAGGAGUUGUAAAUAUUGGUUCAGCUCACUCGCAAAUUACAUCUGCCCCUCGCAAUGACCCACCCUCUCGUUUCGAUGGUGACAGUGGAUUUAAACGCAGUGUCCCAGAAGCCUCAGGAUUUCGUGAAGUAUUUUCUUCUGGUGGAGGUUGGGCUAGAGGGGAAGUUAUUAGUGGGGGUUCUGGUAAUAGUCCCACAGUGAAACAGACAUCAAAUCCCCCCAACGUGAAUUCUCAAACAUCUUCAGAAAACACAAAUGGAUGGUCACGAAAUGUCAAUGUGAAAACUUAUAAGGAUACUGCACGAGAGAAACCUGGACUUGAAAUCGAUUUAAGGAAUAGGUUUACAGCAUUCAGUGAAACAUGAAUGAAUUCACUCAUCCAUCGGUUAUUUGCAAUCUCUGAUUUUUUUCUCUCGUUUGGAAAUAGUAUAUUAUUCAGGAUCUAUGGCCUUGACACUGACUGUUGUGUGAAGUACAGUGAUUUAAAUGUGAACCAUUCUCUCUCUACAAGCUUGUGAUAGGGCUACAAGUUAUAUAAAAGUACUCUACAAGUACAAGUACAACAAUUUUCUGUUUUUACACUAGGAAGUCAGAACUUGUGUUUUUUCUUACAAAUAGCAGAGAUAGUUUUUAUUGCCGAAUACUACUUAUUCUGUAAUCUUUUGAUGAUGGGUUUGGUUGUGGUAUGUAUGUAUUAUUAACUUCUCAAAAAAAUUUUUUUAAUCCCUCAAACGUGUUCCACACGUUCAACAGAAAAGUGUUUUGGUUACAGGUUAUUGCCAAUGCUUUUCAAAAAAAUCAACAUUCUAUUUUAUCCUUAUUCAUAAUCAAUAUGGCAUUCUAAGAUUAUCGAGUUACAUUUUUUGUUUUUGGUUGAUGAGAUGGUUAAUAAUACCGUUGUUGAAUAGUGUAUGAACUUUUCUCUGCAUAAAUCUUCCGAAUUAGUGUAUUGUAUAUGAAGUGAAUGGUAGUUAUUUAUUAUUAUUAUUCACUUUUAUUUCAUUUCCUGGAAUUUUUGUAAAAGAUUAUUUCAAAAUUAUCAGUUAAUUGAGCUAAGAUAAGAGAGUUAGUUUGUGUAGUUUGGUUUGGUUCGGUUUUGCCUGGUUUUCGUGUAAACUUAUGCAAACAAACGUUUUUGGAUUUUUGUUUUAUAUUUUGUAUUUAACUUAUCGAACAAAAUGAUCUACAUCUUUAAUAGUUUUUAACUUGACUGUCUUGGCUUUUAUUUCUUACAAUAUGGAAUUAAACAAUCAUACAACC